AUGCCAUCCUACAAACUCACUUAUUUUGACACGGGCCACCAGCGUCCGAAUGGCCUUCCAUUGACCGACGAACGAUUGACCAAGGAGGAAUUCGGCAAAAUCAAGGAAACUCUCCCAUUUGGACAGCUGCCAGUCCUCACCAUCGACGAGGCAAAUCAGGUGAUCCCACAAGAGGUUGCCAUCUUAAAAUAUCUCGGCCGGUUAACAGGCCUCUACCCAGAUGAUCCAGAAGAAGCCGCCAAGGUCGACAUCUUGAUCUGCCAUGUUGAUGACUUGUACGCGGCUGUGGUUGGCUGUCGGACACCCGAGCAUCCCGGAAGAGAGAUGGUGACAAAGAUGUGGGUCGAGGAGCGUAUCCCGAAGAUGCUGAGCUACCUUGAUCGCUAUCUGGCCACCGUUGGAACUACUAAUUUCAGCGCUGGGAACAGUUUGACCAUCGCCGACCUUAGGAUCUACUCGGCGAUCAUCUUUUACAAAUCUGGCAAGUUCGAAGAAUGCCCCACCGACCUCGUCGACAAGUACCCUCACAUCGCUCAGCUCCGCCAGGCCAUCGAGUCUGACGAAAAGCUUGCUAGCUGGAAAAAUCCAUAA